AUGGCAGCGGCGAUGGCGUCAAAAGGGGAUUCUUCUCUUGUCUCUGAAAAAACCAGAUAUAGAUCUGAAUCAGUUUAUGGUACAUGCAGAAUAAUUGGCGGAGAUGGAUUGACGGACAAUACUUCAGUCAUAGGAGAUGCUAUCAAGCAUGUGAAAGAGCUCCAGGAACGUUUGAGAGUAUUAGAAGAAGAGAACAAGAAUAGUCAUAUUGAAUCUGUAGUGACGCUUAACAAAUUGCUGCUAAUUUACAAGUCAUGGAGUGAUGAUGGUUCUAAGGCUGCUAGUGCUAAUAAUGAAUCUCUCCCUCACGUGGAUGCCAAAAUUUUGGACAAAAACGUGCUCAUAAGGAUCCAGUGCCAAAAGCAAAAGAGUUAUUUGCUUAAUAAAUUGGUUGAGAUUCAAAAGCUCCAUCUCUUUGUUGUUAAUAGCAGCGUCCUAGCUAUUGGGGAUUCUAUCCUUGACAUAACAAUCAUUGCUCGGGCUCACAUUUAA